CAUAAUUAUUGCAGUUACCUAACACCGGACCUCACAUCUGGCAAACCUGACAGGUUAGAACGCGCUAGGCGUCGUUUGGAGUUUUCGUAACCUGCUGUUCGAUGGGUGAUGACGCUUCAUUCUGUGUUUCGGGUUGACCGCCGGCUAGGGCACAGUUGGCAUGCAUGUCGUAUGGAUUCAGGCUCAGGCUAUCCUGGACACGAACUCCACUGUCGCCCUGAUUCGCAACUGCAUACUACCGGCUCCAACGCCAUUAUCGCUGCAGACGUAAAUUAACCGUCUUGCUCGCUCGCUGGAAGCUGCACACGAUGAAAGGGACAUGUGGAUGUGCAAUCCGUGUUAAGACGGUUCACCCUACCUCGAAGGCGAUCAGUGGAUGUCUCAUGUAGAACACCAGACUCGCCGUUGCUCCACCAGCUCCGAGCCCUUGCAGGGACGGCGAUG